UUUGACUUUAAUUGAGGUUAGUUUGAUUUUACAUAUAAUAAGGCAUAAAUUUUAUUGAAAUCGCACCAAAGCUGAUCAAACAAUAUCAAUAACGAGAGAAUAUAAAACGACAUUGCAACACGAAGACGGCUCAAUCAAGAUAAAUAAAAAAUAUAAAAUAUACACGUAUUCAAAAAUGAAGGGGUACCUUUUUAUUAUGUUACAAAUUAUUUUAAUUUUUGGGUUUAUAACCGAUAUUAUUUUGGCAUAUAAUGAUGGUAUAAUAAACCAAAAUUUUGCUGAUAAAUAUAGGCUUCUCAAUCAUUCAUUAUUUGAAAAUGAUAUACCAGUGUAUAAGUAUCAAUGCUUACGUACUGGGAUUACUAUUGUAUUUGGUGACAUUGAUGGUCCAGUUGUAAAUGGAUACUUCACUUUGGCCACAGAAACUCAUGAUGAUGAUGGUAUUCCACACACAUUAGAACAUUUAAUAUUUCUUGGAUCGGAAGAUUAUCCUUACAAAGGAGUUCUUAAUUUAUUAUCAAAUCGUUUUCUUGCUUCAGGAACCAAUGCUUAUACUGCUGUGGAUCAUACUUGCUAUACAGUCAGCACAGCUGGGAGUGAAGGAUUUCUAUCAGUGCUUCCAAUUUAUCUUGAUCACAUUUUAUAUCCUACAUUAACUGAUUCUAAUUUUAUCACACAAGUUCACCAUAUAACAUCCGAUGGUAAAGAUGCUGGUGUUGUUUAUUGUGAAAUACAAGCAUUAGAAAAUACUGCCGAAAAAAUUGUACAUCAAUCAUUUCUUAAAAAAGUAUAUCCUGGUAAAUGUGGCUACAAAUCAGUACACGGAGGCAUUAUGAAAAAUUUACGAGAGUCAACUACUAUUGAAAAAAUUCGUAGAUACCAUCAAGCAUAUUACCGGCCUGAAAAUCUGUUACUUCUAGUAACUGGAAAAGUUGAACAUUCUUCUUUAUUUAAUAGUCUAGAAUCAGUUAUUCAAAAAAUUUUAUCAAAAGGAAGCCGUGGAGAAUAUGUAAAACCUUGGCAAAACCCUGUAGAUCCUUUAAUGGAAUCUUCAAAUAAUGUAGAACUAUUUCCAUGCGAUGAAGAAACCAAUGGUUAUAUCAAUAUCGGUUGGAGAGGCCCAGUUGGGUCAACUUUUUCAUACAAGUAUAUGGCUUGUAAAUUGCUUUUAAAUUAUUUAACUCGUUAUAUAAUUUCAUUCGAGUGUGUUCAAAUAUAUGAUCCAUUAUGUAGCUCGGUGACUUUCAAUAUUAGCGAUAAUUUAAAUCCAUUUAUAGUUCUUAUAUUUCAAAAUGUACCAAUUAAAAAAUUAAAUGAAGAACAAAUACCAUUAAAAUUAAAUAAAAUAUUUCAAAAGCUCAUUCGUGAUGAUAAUUAUUUUAACCUAGAAAGACUGAUAUCAUCUAUUAAAAAGUAUAAGCUACAAAAUAAUCAUAAUCCUACUUUAUCAACAUUAAUAAUUAAAGACUUUUUGUAUGGAAAGAGUCAAUCAGAUUUUGACGAAAUAAUGAACAGAAAUAGAAUUAUUAAACAACUACUUAGUGAAGAUAUCGUGUUUUGGAAAAAUAUUUUAAGAGAUUAUUUAUUAAAUGAUUACAAAGUAAUUGUCAAAGGAAUUCCAUCUAUACAAAAACAACAUGAGUUAGCUAAUGAAGAAAUACAAAGAGUAUUACAACGAAAAAAAGAUUUAGGAGAUGAUGGUUUAAAAUUAAAAGCUAUUGAACUACUGAAUGCUAAAACAGAAUGUGAAAAAAAACCCCCCAAUGAAAUGUAUACGUCAUUUAAAAUCCCUAACGUUGAAUUCGCACAGUUUUUAACUCAUGAUUCUUUUUCAUCAAAUUCAUUAAAUCAACACAAUUUAUUCAAAACUUCUGAAGUUCCAUUGUUUGUUGAAAUUGAUAAUGUUAAAAGUAAUUUUAUUUAUAUGAGAGCAUUUAUAAACACUAAAGAUUUGCCGUUGAAUCUUAGAAAAUACUUACCCAUUUUUCUUGACUUAAUAAUGAAUAGUCCUGUAAUACAAACAGAUGAAAAUUAUGCAAAAUUAGAAAAUGAUGUUGUUUCAUGGAAAGCAUCUAUUGGGAUCGAGUCAACAUCUUCGUUUUCUUGUGAUCAUUUUUCCUCUGUUGUACUCAUAAAAAUUACUGUCGAAUUAGAAGACUAUCAUAAAUGCAUCAAGUGGCUUCAUAAUUUACUUUAUAAUACAGUCAUUAUUAAAAAAAAAUUUUCUUAUAAUUUGUCAAAAAAAAUAAAUGAAGUUUCUAAUUAUCGUAGAAAUGGAAAAUAUAUGUUAAAUCAAAUUUUUAUAAAUAUGACGUACAAGCCAGAUAGCAAUCCAUACAUAUGUAGUGUUUUAGGACAAUAUAAGUUUUUAACUAGCUUACAAAAAGCAAUUGAAACUGAAAAAGGUUGGGAAAUUGUAUAUGAAGAUUUGAAUAAAUUAAAAUUAUUCUUAGCUAAUCCAAAUAACAUUAAAUUACACAUUACUGGUAAUAUAGAUAAAUUAUGUGAUAUUAUUCCUGAAGCUUCUGCUGCAUUACAAAACAUUAUUCCAGAUAAUUUAAAGAGACCAGUACAUCCAUUUAAAACACAGUUGGAUUCUGAAUUUAUGUUACCUUUAAAUCAAUGUGGAAUUCGAGCUUGUAUUGUUGGAAUGGGUUCUAUUGAAUCAAGUUAUUUCAUCCAAUCUACUGAUUGUAUAAAAGAUUGUAAUCAUCAAGACUUUGCUUCUCUUCGUGUAUUUGUGUCAUACUUUACUCAGGUGGAAGGACCUAUAUGGAAGAAAGUACGAGGUUUAGGUUAUGCAUAUUCUUAUAAUAUUACUUUAAAACCAGACGAAGGAAAAAUUUACUUAGGUUUUGUCCGUUCAGUAAAUUUACCAGCUGCUUAUCAAGCUACUAAAUCAAUAAUAGAUGAACAUUUAUCCAAUGGACUAUUAUGGGAUCAAACAUAUUUCGAAUCAGCAAAAAGUCGUGCUAUAUUUAAAAUUUUGAACAAGGAGAAUUCUACUGAUGAAUCAUCUACACUAUCAAUUUGGUUAAGUUUACGAAAUUUAAAAAAAACUUAUAUCCAGGAUCUUAUUAAACAAAUUUCAUUAGUGAAACUUGAAGAUCUUCCUAAAAUUGGCAGGAAGUAUGUGAUGCCAUUAUUUAAUCCACAAUCUACAAUAACUGCAGUGGUAUGUCCUCCUACGAUUGUUGAAGAAACAGCUAAUGAAUUUGAAAAAUUUGGUAUUAAAAUGAAUGUUUAUAAUUCAUUAGAUGAAAGUAUUCUAAAUAACUAAUAGUAUACGCGUACUUAUUUUAUCAAAUAUAAAAGUUACUUUAAAUUCUAUUUAUUAAAUAAAAUAUAUUAUUCAUUCAAAGAAAAUCUAAGUAUAUAUUUAAAAAAUUUAAAAUUAUGACUUUUUGUAUUGUAAAAUAUAUUGUUUGUAAAGUAUUAUUAAAUAUGUUAUAAAAUACAUAAACAUACAGUUUAUGUUAUAUAGUUACACUCUCGCCUGGUAUUACUUUACAAUCCUUUACUCGCUUUACGCUCUCUCUCUUCCACAUAAAAUAAUCAAUCUUUGACCUAUUCCUCCUACUCUUAUAAGUUAAAUAAUGUUCUUCCCUUUUUUAAAAUAAGUAUUAACCACAGCAAGGUCAUACGAUACUGACAAAUCCAGGAUUCUUUCUCCAGUCUCAGUCUUCCCACUAAAACCAUAGCCUCCAUGUACUCUUUCAUAUCCUCUCAUUACCUACAUGUCUAUUCAAAUCUCCACCUAUCACCUUAUAUUUAUUGCCCCUAGCAUCACCUUAUCCACCUUAACCUUAAACUCUCCAAAACACUUCCUUGUCUAUUUCACCACAUACUAUUUGUAGUGCAUAAGCACUUUUUCCUCGAAUAUCAAUUUUACGAAGAUAAUUCUGUCACUUUUCCUAGCUACUUCUACUACUUUACUUUUCAUCUCCUCGUCCAUUAUUAUCCCUACACCACUCUUUGUACUAAACUUACCUGAGUACAUUAUUUUAUAACCAUCACUUAUUUCUCUCGAUUUCUCUCCUUUUCACUUAGUUUCUUGCGCACAACAAAAAAUGUUCACUUUUCUCUUCU